AUGAUUUUUUGCCUUUUAGCGUUCUCACUUUCUGUCGUUUUAGGGAUGGACCUUGGAAGUGAAAAGAUUCGAGUAGCUGCAUUAAGAUCUCCUACUCAGAUGUCAAUUUUGCUUGAUAACAGCUCAAAUCGAUAUUUCAGAUCGACAUUUACAGUGGUUCCUAAUGAGAAAGGUCCUAUAAAGCUCAUUGAUGCUUACAACUUCGGAAACAAUGCAUAUUAUUUCGAUAAUCAACAAAUGGAGAAAAAAUUUCCUCAACAUACAACUCGAUAUUAUAAUGAUUUCGUAGGCAAAAUAUUGACAGACGAAAUGAAAGACAUCGCAAAACAACGAAAGAUUGAAUCAGAAUUUGUUCCAACUUCAAAUUUUAGAUUUACAACUAAUGGAAUUUAUCCAGAAUACUUACUUUACAGAACAUUUAACAUCAUCAACUCAACAGCCAGAGCCCUCGAACCACCAUUGGUCGCAAAAACAGCUUAUAUCGCUGUUCCAAAAUUUAUGAUGCAACAAGAAAGAAAAUCAGUUAGAAUAGCAGCCAAACUUGCUAAUUAUACUUCAAGAAUUAUUGAUUCGAGUACAGCCUUAGGCUAUGAUUUCGCUUUUACUCAUGAUAAAAAAUUUUCCAAACUAGAAAAGCCAUUAACAGUUGCAUUUGUCGAUAUUGGUGAUCUAAAUACACAAGUGACUGUAUCCCAGUUUUCAGGAAAGCGUAAUAUUACAAUUAGCGAAAUUUUUUAUAAUUAUUCGCAAAAUAUAGGUGGAAGACUACUAGAUAUUGCAAUAUACAAACUAAUGAAGAGUAAGAUAUCAUAUCCACCAACCAAAACAGACAAACAACUGUUAAUAGCAGAAGCAAACCGAAUUAAGCACAGAUUGACAACAAAUGUCAAUGCAGUCGGUCAAGUUGAUGGUUCUGAGACAUUCUACUACAACAUUUCUCGAUCAGAAUUUGAAAAUUCUGUAAAAAAUAUUCUUGAAGAAUUAUAUUCACUUCUUUCGAAUGUUCCUCAUGUAGAUAGAGUCCAAUUAAUAGGAGGAUCAUCGCGCGUGCUUUGUAUCCAAGAAGUAAUCAAGAAAGCCCUCAAACAAAAAGAAUUAAGUGUUUCAAUGAAUCCUGAAGAGUCAAUAUCAUAUGGAGCAGCAUUAUACGGUGCCGUACAAAGCUCUGAGUUCAAGACCAUCAACACAAUCCAUUACAAUCCAUACCAACUCUACAAUUUCCAGUAUUACGACGCAUUACAAAGACGAACAACUCCAAACGUGACAGGGACACAAACAUAUCUAAUGGAAGUUGGCCCCAGAUACCCUGCAGGCUCUUCCGGCGUCGCUGCGUGGGGAACUGUGCAUAAUACAACAAUUUUCAAGCAAACUAAGGAUGGAUUGUACAGAAUCAAGCAGAACUCGAAGAGAGUAUAUGAUAUUUGGGAGAUAAAGUUCAUUGAACAGUUGAAACUUUUAGAUAAAUACGAAUUUGACCAAAGAAUGAUUUCUGAAGAAGCGAAUAGCCUUGAAGGCAUCAUAUUAGACCUAAAAUCAAUGACACGACAGUUGGAAUACAUCAAUUUGGUCUGUUCCCAGGAAGAAUUAAAAAGAAUCAUUGUUGCUGUCAAUACAACUGACAGAUGGUUCUUGAAACAAAAGAGUUUCAUGUUGGAUACUUUACGACAGCGUAAAAAUUUACUUUUGGACGCUGUUGGAGCUGUUAUGUCAAGAAUUCAGUAUUUUACAAAAGUUAAUUCGACAAUUGAUUAUAUGAAUCAAGUAUUUGAAUCAAUUGAACAAGGUAUACGUAAUAUCCCUCAAAACAAAUGA